AUGACGCAACAGGUUGUGAACAAGAUCCUAAAAUUACGGAAGACUGCUGAGCUCGAACCUAUUGAUCCAGUUGAUGUGUAUUAUAAAUUUUCGGGCAAUGAGAAAAACACACGGGAAGAGAUUAAGUCACACGGUCAGUAUAUUAUAGACACACUUGGUUCGGCAAUUGUUUUGAAGGAAAUGGCACCAACGGAUGUGGUAGUACUUGGCGAGGAGUCACACAAUGUACAUGACAUGUCAUUAGUCCUGUGCAUUGCAAGGUCCACCCCUAUUCUUUCACCAGAUAUUCUUCCUCAUGCCUCAGGACUCAAGUGA